CGAGUAGAGCAGGGAAGCUGCGGGCGGCGGCGCUCACUCGCGGUCCCGGGUGGUACCUGGUCGCUCCUCCCGCGGCGAUCCCCUCCCUGCCAAUCAUGUUUCUGAGGAGCAGCGUGUCGCGCCUCCUCCACGGGCAAGCGCCGCGCGUCCUGACGAGAUCCGUCCACUCUGUGGCGGUCGUCGGAGCCCCUUUCUCGCAGGGACAGAAAAAGAAAGGAGUGGAAUAUGGUCCCGCCGCCAUCCGAGAAGCCGGCUUGCUGAAGAGGCUCUCCGCGUUGGGAUGCCACCUAAAAGACUUUGGCGAUCUGAGUUUUACUAAAGUCCCCAAAGAUGAUCCCUACAAUAAUCUGGUAGUGUAUCCUCGCUCAGUGGGCCUUGCCAAUCAGGAACUGGCGGAUGUGGUCAGCAGAGCUGUGUCAGCUGGCUACAGUUGUGUCACCGUGGGAGGAGACCACAGCCUGGCAAUAGGCACCAUUAUCGGCCACGCCCGGCACCGCCCGGAUCUCUGUGUCAUCUGGGUUGAUGCUCAUGCUGACAUUAACACACCCCUCACGACUGUAUCUGGAAAUAUCCAUGGACAGCCACUUUCCUUUCUUGUCAGAGAACUGCAAGACAAGGUACCACAGCUGCCAGGAUUUUCCUGGAUCAAACCUUGCCUCUCUUCCCCAAGCAUCGUGUAUAUCGGCCUAAGAGAUGUGGACCCCCCUGAACGUUUUAUCUUGAAGAAUUAUGACAUCCAGUAUUUUUCCAUGAGAGACAUUGAUCGACUUGGUAUCCAGAAGGUCAUGGAACAGACAUUCGAUCGGCUGAUUGGAAAAAGACAGAGGCCAAUCCACCUGAGUUUUGAUAUUGAUGCUUUUGACCCUAAACUGGCUCCAGCUACAGGAACUCCUGUUGUAGGGGGUUUAACCUAUAGGGAAGGAGUGUAUAUUACGGAAGAAAUACAUAAUACAGGGUUGCUGUCAGCUCUGGAUCUUGUUGAAGUCAAUCCGCAUUUGGCCACCUCAGAGGAAGGGGCCAAGGCCACAGCCAGCCUAGCAGUGGAUGUGAUUGCCUCAAGUUUUGGUCAGACAAGAGAAGGAGGACACAUUGUCUAUGACCACCUUCCUACUCCUAGUUCAUCACACAAAAAUGAAGAAUGUGUGCGAAUUUAGGAAAUACUGUACACAUUCACAGUGGCAUUCCAAGUUGCAAGGCAUUUAAGGGGACAGAUACUGAAUGGCUGUCUGGAUCAAUAUUGCCUUAAUGAGAACAUCUAUGAACUAUCACAACUGUAUAAUUUCCCUUCUCUAUUUUGAUGACCAACACUACUACUGUAACUAUAUUUGUUUUGUUUUGUUUUUGAAGUUUACAAGAUAUUGUUAUACAUGUCAAUUUGAAGGCGUCAUAAACAGCAUUUAUUACCUUAGUAUAA